AGCAGCAGCAGCAGUGACUGUGGAUCAGAGGAGGAGCAGAAGAGGAGGAGGAGGAGGAGGAGGUGGGAGACGACUGGCUGUCUCUCUGCUUAACUCUCAUUUAUUUCCCACGAUUCUUCACCAGCAACAUGAGCUCCUCAUCCUCAUCCAACAGCCUGCACAACAGACGCCUGCCCUCGGAGACUGAGCGAGGCCAGAGGCUCCCUGAUGUGGACGCAGCGCAGCAGCUCAAACUGAGAGAGAGGCAGCGUUUCUUUGAGGAGGUCUUCCAACACGACGCGGAUGUCUACCUGUCCUCAGCACACCUUUGCAUCCGAGACUACAGGAGACCCCCCAUUGGCAGUGUCUCAUCCAUGGAGGUGAAUGUGGACAUGCUGGACCAGCUGGAUCUGACUGACAUCUCUGACCAGGAGGCUUUGGAUGUCUUCUUCAGUUCUGGGGAGGAGGGAGUGCUGACGUCCCCACUGCCAGGUACAAAAAACACAUUCCAAGGAAACAAUAACAACGAGGAAGUCAUCAGCAAUGGACUCUACCGACACGUCCUUGAGGGUCUUGAUGCAAAGUCUCGGAUGUCCUCGACGUCUUCAAGCUCCUCUUGCGACAGCCAGAGCACCAACGCCAACGGGGAAGAUACACCUGAAGUGGGGUCGGACAAUGACGAAACACACAGUAGCACUGUCAAGAGGAGAGCCGCACCUUCAGAGAUAGUGAGAGUGAAAGCUCAGACUUCACCUUCACCUUUCUAAGGACGCACCCUCCUAACAAUGGAUCUCCACCUGCAGGAUGGUAGCUGACUGCUGGGAUGGGGCAAACAGAGGUUUUGUUAUGACAGCUACUGAAAAAAGGCUUCUCAAUCUUUCACAAACUGGUUCUUAUGACUGCUCUUGACCUUCCUUUGAUUUAUGCGUUGUGGGUUGGGUGCUGUGUGUUUUGGAGUGUAAAUAUCGGUGCUUCCAUUAAUUAUCACCAGCUUCAUUCUUGUUCUGGCAUGUUUGACAGACAAAAUCUCUUCCUAUGUUACUUCCCUCACAGGAUUUUGUAGAAGAUGGAUGACUCGUGUUGUACGGUGUUAACACAUACAGCAAAUAAUAACAUCAAGUGAGUGGCUUCAGGUACAGUGUGGUAGAUGAAGUCACCCAAAUGUUAAAUGUGUUGUCUUUGAACAUUGUGCUGACAAUGCAAAUUCUGCUAACUCCAAUUUCAAUGGACUCUUUAAAAAAUGAUUUCUUUGGUUUAUCAAUAAAGAAAUGUUUAAUCACA